UUAACAAACGAUUUUCCAUUUAAUUUUGAAGUAGUAGCAUCAAUUUCAUUGUUGUGUAAAAAGUGUAUUUUAUUGUAAAAAACAAAUAUGUAUUGGCAAUGGAAACUACAAAGCAUCUUACAUUGCUGUUCAGUUAAAACCACACUUUAAAAUUUUAAAAAGCGUUACGGCUAAUGUGAAUUAAUGUAUGCGUAUGUAUAUAUUUUGUUUAUUUCGGAAAAUCGCGUUAAGAAAAGACUAAAAAAAACAUCCAAACAACAAGUCCAAACAACCCUCAAAACACAAAAAGUUCCAAAAUGUGUUAAGAAUUUCACAAUGAAAAUGACGACGAAACGAUUUCUAUGAUAAGCAAGGUAUUUGACCUUUGAGGUUGGUCCAUCAUCGCCCGGGGGGCGUGUCCUAGUUCUCAAAUAAAAAUAGUCAUCAUCACUGACCACUAUCAGUCAUCGUUUACCUUCAGUCGGAGACGUGCGCCUCCAUCUCAUUCCUACUCAAUGUGCCACUCGCGUCACAAGCUUAAGCUUACUCAAUACCUCUAAUUAAUUAUUAAUUGCUCAACCAAAUAUAAGCAAAUUAUUCUCAAUUAAAAGUGUACAGUUAGUGAUUUAACCGAUGUUUAUUAACAUCAUCCGAACACAACGUUUAAAUAAAAACGGAAGACUUUAAAGCCGAUGGUGUACUCUUAUGGUGGGUCGAGGAGAAUUAUGCGUGGGGCGUGCGCAUGCGCGGUGGUGUGCGCGCUGGUGGCGCUGUGCGCGUGCGCGGGACUGGACGAGCGCACGCGAGGCGCUGCUGAGCGCCAAUUGCUGGCACUGCUGGGCCUCCCGCGCCGACCAGCGCGCCGCGCCGCGCCACCGUUGGUGCCGCGAGCCAUGCGCCUACUCUAUGAGGCUGACGGUGCCAUUCCUGCCGCUGCCGCCAACACGGCGCGCUCCUAUCACCACACUCCCACCGAGUUGGACUCGAGGUUUCCUGGCGAGCAUAGAUUUCGCCUCUAUUUCAACUUGAGCGGGAUACCCAGUGAUGAACUCGCUCGAGGGGCAGAUCUCACGUUCCAACGAGUCGACGGAGUCGAAGGUGAUCAGCGACUGCUCCUGUACGAUGUAGUUCGACCGGGCCGUCGCGGUAAAACAGCUCCUAUUUUGCGGCUUCUUGACUCCAUACCGCUAAGAACUGCUAAAGGUGCUGUUACUGCAGACGCGCUCGGUGCAGCACGACGAUGGCUCAAGGAGCCUGAACAUAAUCAUGGACUAUUAGUGCGAGUGUUAGAAGAAGGUGAGAAAAAUGUGGACGCUCAACGGCCUCAUGUUAGAGUGCGGAGACGUGCGGAAGAAGAAGACGAAGAAUGGAAUACGCGGCAACCAUUGCUGCUAUUGUACACGGAGGAUGCGCGAGCGCGGGCUGCGCGGGAGAGUGGAGAAACGCGCCUGGUGCGCAACAAGCGGGCGACACAACGAAGGGGUCACCGCGCACAUCAUCGUCGCAAGGAGGCCCGCGAGAUCUGCCAGCGACGACCGCUGUACGUCGAUUUUGCGGAGGUCGGGUGGAGCGACUGGAUCGUUGCACCGCAUGGCUACGAGGCGUACUACUGCCAGGGUGACUGUCCGUUCCCGCUGGCGGACCAUUUGAACGGCACGAAUCACGCCAUCGUGCAGACUCUCGUGAACUCAGUGAACCCGGCCGCGGUGCCGAAAGCGUGCUGUGUACCGACGCAGCUCUCCUCUAUUUCCAUGUUAUAUAUGGACGAACUAAAUAAUGUGGUGCUCAAAAACUAUCAGGACAUGAUGGUGACGGGAUGCGGCUGCCGAUGACGAAGGCGCCCCCCACGCCAAGUGCGGACCUAGUGAUAACUCGUGGACCCAGUGUACAUAUAGUGACGGCCUCGAACAUUGUACAUACUUAUUUGUGUAUAUAUUCGUGUAAUUAUUAUUUUAUUAAAAUGCAGAUGUAAUAAAUGAUGUAAUUUUAAAUUGAA